AUGGCGAUAUGGCAAAUAUACCAGUAUGUUGAUGAAAAUACUCCCGAGUUUUCCAUUUCUACACCUCAGAUACAACAGUUCUACAUCUCAGAUACAACAGUUCUACACCUCAGAUACAACAGUUCUACACCUCAGAUACAACAGUUCUACACCUCAGAUACAACAGUUCUACACCUCAGGUACAACAGUUCUACACCUCAGAUACAACAGUUCUACACCUCAGGUACAACAGUUCUACACCUCAGAUACAACAGUUCUACACCUCAGGUACAACAGUUCUACAUCUCAGGUACAACAGUUCUACACCUCAGAUACAACAGUUCUACACCUCAGAUACAACAGUUCUACACCUCAGGUACAACAGUUCUACACCUCAGGUACAACAGUUCUACACCUCAGGUACAACAGUUCUACACCUCAGGUACAACAGUUCUACACCUCAGAUACAACAGUUCUACACCUCACGUACAACAGUUCUACACCUCAGGUACAUCAGUUCUACACCUCAGAUACAACAGUUCUACACCUCAGAUACAACAGUUCUACACCUCAGGUACAACAGUUCUACACCUCAGGUACAACAGUCCCACACCUCAGAUACAACAGUUCUACACCUCAGGUACAACAGUUCUACAUCUCAGAUACAACAGUUCUACACCUCAGGUACAACAGUUCUACACCUCAGGUACAACAGUUCUACAUCUCAGAUACAACAGUCCUACACCUCAGAUACAACAGUUCUACACCUCAGGUACAACAGUUCUACACCUCAGGUACAACAGUUCUACACCUCAGGUACAACAGUUCUACAUCUCAGAUAGAACAGUCCUACACCUCAGAUACAACAGUUCUACACCUCAGGUACAACAGUUCUACACCUCAGAUACAACAGUUCUACACCUCAGGUACAACAGUUCUACAUCUCAGAUACAACAGUUCUACAUCUCAGAUACAACAGUUCUACACCUCAGGUACAACAGUCCUACACCUCAGAUACAACAGUUCUACACCUCAGGUACAACAGUUCUACACCUCAGGUACAACAGUUCUACACCUCAGAUACAACAGUUCUACACCUCAGGUACAACAGUUCUACAUCUCAGAUACAACAGUCCUACACCUCAGGUACAACAGUUCUACACCUCAGGUACAACAGUUCUACAUCUCAGGUACAACAGUUCUACACCUCAGGUACAACAGUCCCACACCUCAGAUACAACAGUUCUACACCUCAGGUACAACAGUUCUACAUCCCAGGUACAACAGUUCUACACCUCAGGUACAACAGUUCUACACCUCAGAUACAACAGUUCUACACCUCAGGUACAACAGUUCUACACCUCAGGUACAACAGUUCUACACCUCAGGUACAACAGUUCUACACCUCAGAUACAACAGUUCUACACCUCAGGUACAACAGUUCUACACCUCAGGUACAACAGUUCUACAUCUCAGAUACAACAGUUCUACACCUCAGGUACAACAGUUCUGCACCUCAGAUACAACAGUUCUACACCUCACGUACAACAGUUCUACACCUCAGGUACAACAGUCCCACACCUCAGGUACAACAGUUCUACAUCUCAGAUACAACAGUUCUACACCUCAGAUACAACAGUUCUACACCUCAGGUACAACAGUUCUACACCUCAGGUACAACAGUUCUACAUCUCAGGUACAACAGUUCUACACCUCAGGUACAACAGUUCUACACCUCAGAUACAACAGUUCUACAUCUCAGGUACAAAGUUCUACUUCUGA